GAACACUCUCCAUGAUAGAUCAUGUUAGGCCACAAAGCAUGUCUUUACAAAUUUAAGAUUGAAAUUAUAUUAUUUUUUCUGACCACAAUGGCAUGGAAGUAGAAAUCAACGACAGGAGGAACCUUGAAAAACUCAUAAAUAUGUGGAAAUUAAACAAAACAUAUGUUCCUGUACAAUCAAUGAGUCAAAGGAGGAAAUUUCAAAAGGAAAUUUUGAAAUAUCUUGAGAUAAACAAGAAUGGAAACAUAACAUUCCAAAACUCAUGGGAUGCAGCAAAAGCAGUCGUAGGAGGGAAGUUUAUAGCAAUAAAUGCCUGCAUCAUAAUAGAAGAAAGCUCUUAAAUAAACAAACAUUACACCUCAAGGAACUAGAAAAAGAAGAUCAAAGUAAGCCCAAACUUAGCAGAAGGAAGGAAAUAACAAAGAUUAAAGCAGAAAUAAACAAAAUAGAGACUAAAAAUUUUAGAAAACAUUAACAAAACUGAAAGUUGGUUUUUUAAAAAGAUAAAAUUGACAAACUGUUAGCCAGACUAACAAAGAAAAAAAGAGAGAAGACUCAAAUAAACAAGAUCAGAAAUGAAAGAGAAGACAUUACAACUAAUACCACAGAAAUACAAAGUAUCAUAAGAUACUACUAUGAACAACUAUACACAAACAAAUUGGAUAACCUAGAACAAGUGGAUGAAUUCCUAGAAAAAUGCAACCUACCAAGACUAAAUCAGAAGACAUAUAAACGUUUUACAACAAUGUCUGGCAUUGUGCGGCCCCGCCGACCGCCGACCCACGGCCCACGACCCACCGACCCACGAAUCGACCCGGCCCCCGCGUUCACCGAGUCUGGCUCCUCCAGCGUCGCCGCUACGAAGAAAGUGGUUCAACAGCUCCAGCUGGAGGCCGGGCUUAACAGCGUAAAAGUUUCCCAGGCAGCAGCAGACUUGAAACAAUUCUGUCUGCAGAAUGCUCAACAUGACCCUCUGCUGACUGGAGUAUCUUCAAGUACAAAUCCCUUCAAACCCCAGAAAGUCUGUUCCUUUUUGUAGUAAAAUGAAUCUUUCAAAGGUUUCCCAAACCACUUCUUAUGAUCCAGUGAAUAUUCAAGAGAGAUACAUUUGAAGCCUGUACAAAAGCUUAUCCCUGUAACACAUGUGCUGUAAUAUACAAAAUUCUACUUUUGUCAGUCCUUAACAUCUACCUUUGAAUUUUCGUGAAUUUCUAUUUCACAAGGGUAAUUGUUUUAUAUACAUUGGCAGCAACAUACAAUAAAAUUUAGUGUGCAAGUUUUAAAAAAUGAUAUUUAGCAAUAUCAUAUUAGUGAAAAAUAGUAACUUACUGUGGUUUAUUAUUUCUUUGAAUACUAGUGAGAUGAUUUAACACUUUUUCAUAUGUUUAUUGAUUAUAUGACCAUUUGUAGUUCCUUUUUGAAUAAUCUACUCAUAGCCUAUGUCCACUUUUUUUUUAACUCAUCCAUGUUUCUGUUUAUAAUAGGAUAACAAAUUCAGGAACAAUGGGAAAGUAACAUAUAAAAAUGUAAUAGGAAAUACAAUAGAGAUUAUAAAACACUAUCAUUUCACUUUUUAUGCAAAUACUUCAAUAUUCUAAUUUUUUCUCACUUGCUAAA